AAACACAUUUGACUGUUACACUAACCGGAAGUCACUUUCUCCGUGGUUUUAACGCGUGGAUUAGCAAACAAGGUAACGUGAGCGUUUCUCCACGAACAUAACACGCUUGUUUGAACAAUUUAUUCGCUUUUGACCCGUUUACUCGGCAAUCCUGCACGAGCGAAGGCAUUUUAUGAGCGUGCCAUAGAAGUCUUAUCCAUGACGUCGAGACGACAGUAGCCGCGUGGAUGAGAAUUUACUUCUCACCGAAUUUGGUUGACAGUGUUCAACUUCAAGCUGUCGCAAUAUCUAAGAUGAAGCCGAAGGAAAAAAAGCGAACCCCCUCCGAAGCUGGAAAAUACAAUUCUGUGAAAAAGAAAAAUAGGAUACAAUCGAAUUUAUUCAAGAGAGCCUUUCUUCAUAGCCUCGCCACAGAGAACCUCAUUAUGCCUCCAAACGAUGGCGAACACUUUUCUGCCAACUGGAAAGGAUUACAAGAGAGUUUCAAGUCCAGUCAGAUGACAAAUAAGACAAGGGCAUCCCAGCAAGAACCGAAUGGCCCUUCACAAGAAGGGAAAGACAAAGCAUCCCAAAACGCACAUCACAGCAGUGUCUCCAAAGCUAAGACUGAUUCAGGACCAAAAGCCAAACACAGAACCGUUGACCCCAAGGCUAAAAGACCCGUUGCGGCGGACGCAAAGCAGCACGCCGCGGCUGAAAGGAAAAGCCAGCUGAAAGCAAACGGCAAGCAAGCGGCCAAGAAGCGGAAAGUGGAGGCAAAAGAGUCCAAACCUACAGAAGUGGACAUUUGGUUCGACGACGUGGACCCCGAUGACAUUGAGGCCACGGUGGGGGCAGAAGCGGCGGAGAUCAUGAGGAAGAGGCAGGGCGUUUGCAAGAACGCGACGGCGAACAUGUUGGUCAAGGAGAAAUCUUUCGAGGGCCUCACCAGGGUGGUCGCCAUCGACUGCGAGAUGGUCGGUGUCGGUCCCCACGGGGAGGACAGCAUCUUGGCACGCGUGUCCCUGGUUAACCACUUUGGCAAGUGCAUCUACGACAAGUACGUGAAGCCCAGCGAGCAUGUGACCGACUACCGCACGGCCGUCAGUGGCAUCCGGCCGACGGACAUCGCAGAGGGCGAGGAUGUCGCGACCGUGCGCAAGGAAGUUGCUGACAUCCUGCACGGGAGAAUCGUGGUGGGCCACGCGAUACACAACGACUUCAAGGUCUUGCUCCUGGAUCACCCCAAAAAGAAAAUCCGAGACACUCAGAAGUAUAAACCUUUCAUGAAGACGACCAAGGUGCCGUGCCACGUCAAACGCGAUCUUGUCGUCAUUGUCGGACAGAAAGUUAGCAAUUGAGGAGGAGGACGAUGAUGAUGAUGAUGA